AAGUUGUAAAUUCAACAAUUCAGAGAAAUGUCGAUAGCAAAACGUAUCCCGUAGCUCACAUAACUUCGCAUAUCAAAAUAUCGCAUAUCUGUGAUGUAAUAGUUACAUGCCACGUGUAUUUAUUUAGUCAAUAUGGGUAGCAAACAAAAUAUAUCAAUAACUGAACUAACAAAUGCUGCGGACACUUUAGACAGUCUACACGGCUUUGAGGCUGCUCGAAAACGACAAGAGGGUUGUGAUUUGUCAACUGAAAAUGUGAAACCGCAUUUUAAACCUUGGCGUAUUUUCAUCAAUCAUAUUGACAGCUAUCAUGGAAAGAUAUUAACUGACACACUAUUGGAUACUAUCUAUAUCGAUCCGCUAAGUACACAAGCAGACGUCCCGCCGGACGACGAAGAAGAUGAAUUCGAAGACGACGACGACGAAUAUGCGGAAGGAAAUGAGAGAGAGAAAAGAAAGCCGGGCAAGAGUAGAGAAGUUUCAAGAAAAUAUGAAGUGAUCGGUACAGUUUUGGAUCGCAAGUACUCGGGUCCGGAGGACGUGACGGUGAUUAACUCGGACGACAAAGACCUUCUUUUAUCUGAGUUGAUGAUCUGCAGUGUCAUUAUCUACGAUAUUACGCAGCAACCGGAUCAAAUCAAGGAGGCAUGCUGGAUCUUGAAGGAAAUUGUUCGCAUGCUGGAAGAUAUGGAGAGAAAAUCGUCAAAAACUUUCAAACGAGACGAGCCAACGCGAUAUUUUAUUUUGAUUUCUACCAUAAUGACGUGGGCUUUCACGAAGCCGUUAGAUCCGGCAGAUCCAGAUUUACCGUUCACGGAAGCAGAUUAUCGAAAGCGAAAGCCCCAUCCAAAUUACAAGGAACACAUUCAAUGCGAGAGAGAGGUUGUGGCUGUAAAGAAAAUUGCCAGUUUAAAGAGCAAAUUAAAUACUUUGGUCAUUUGUUGCGGAAUCACAUACGGCGAGGAGGAAGGUCCGAUUCAUUACCUUUUCAAAAUGGCAUGGCAAAACGCACCUUUCUUACCGAUAUUUGGCAAAGGACGAAAUAAGAUACCCCUCUUAUACGUGCGCGACUUGGCCGCAACUGUAUCCUCGGUGCUACAAAAUUGGCCUCCGAUGCGGUACAUCGUGGCGGUGGAGCAGGAAUUAAUCUCCCAAAGUGCGAUCGUUAAGAAAAUUAGCCAAGGCUUAACCACCGGUGAGGUAAAAAGUGUAUCGAAGGAAGUGGCUCUUUCGCUGCCAGAAGUUUCACAGCAGAUAUACGACCAGAUGACAGUGGAUUUAAAUAUCGAUCCCGUGUAUAUCAUCGACCGAAUACGCUGGCACUUCGGCAUGCCAUUCCGCGACGUUGUAAAUUUAGUCAUAAAGGAAUACAAAGUAGUGCGAAAUCUACGCCCAGUGAAAAUAGUCGUUCUUGGUCCGCCGGCGUCUGGGAAAACUCGGGUCGCUCGAUAUCUCGCGGAGCAUUACGGGAUACACUACGUUCACGUGAAAACAUUGAUCUCCGAUGCAAUCCAAAAAUUGAUCAACGGCAUUGAAGCUGCGGAAGCGAGUACGAGACGACAAGAUGACCCGACAGAUAUAGCGGAAAGCGUCGCCGGUGGCGACGAGAAUAAGGGGGCUCAAAAAGAAGAAGUGGAGGACAAAAAAGAGGUCGUUCUGAGCCCGGCAAAGUUGCAGGAGCAGCUCGACGAGAUCCGGUCCAACAUGGCAGCGAAUAAUGGCCGUCUGGACGAUAUCAUCUUGAACAGGUUGUUCCUAAACCGAUUGAACUCGAAGGACUGUUUGAAUCAAGGAUACGUGAUGGAUGGUCAUCCCAAGACCUUUGAACAAGCUAGGAAUCUAUUUUUGAUCAGCGACGAGAGUUUAGAGGAAGUCGGAGGCGAGGACGAAAAUGUUGCAGCUAGAAACGUUAACACGGCGAUCGUGCCGGAGUUAGUCGUGGUUUUGGAAGCGAGCGACGAGUUUUUGAAAGAGCGCAUCAUAAAUCGUCCAGAGAGAGAGAUACAAAACACGCAUUAUACGGAGGAGCACAUGCUGCGACGCAUGAGAGAAUACAGGGAGAGAAAUACGGACGAUAACACGCCGCUACAAUUAUUCGACGAAAUGGAAAUCCACCCACUCGUCAUCUUUGUGGAAACUGACACUUGUCCAGAUAUGUUUCCAACGGUUUAUCGGUGUCUGGAAAAAUUAGGAGAACCAAGAAAUUACGGGCCAACAGCCGAGGAAAUGGAAGUUGCGAGGAAGCGCGCUGAAGCGGAAAAACGAGCUGCUGAAGUUGCGGAAGAAUUACGAAAAGAGCGAGAAAUUUUGGAAUGUAAAAGGCGGCGCGAGGAGAAAAUGAUGGAAUGGACGAACUUGAUGGAGAAGCUGAAACAAGAGGAGGAGGAGAGACUUUGCAUUUUGGCGGAGCCGUUACGGCAUUACCUGAUGAAGUACGUAUUUCCGACGCUGACGGAAGCUUUGAUAGAAGUGGCGAACUUACGACCGGAGGAUCCAAUAGAUUUUCUCGCCGAGUAUUUGUUCAAGAAGAAUCCCGAGGGAAGGAUGUUUGAGCCGGAUUAUACUGAAACAAUGAGCAUGCUCUUGGACGUUAUCAGCCGGCAACAAAACGAUGUCCUUCCGAGAGAAGGAUUGGAGGCCGACGUGGCGCAGUUCUUGACGAGGAGGCAGGAUGAAUUAUCCACCGCGGCGGACAAAAUAGAAAGAGAUGAGGCGCAGGACGCGGGCGGGGAGGCAGACGCUACGUCGAUUCUCGAACGGAGCUUUGAGUCCGAACGAAUUGAUGAUUCUGAAAAGGAGGAAUUGGAUUCUUUUUCCGCUGAAUGGACGACCAACGAAUUCGGAAGCGAAGCAUAACGAAUUGCUCGAAUCGUUCUUAAGCGCUCAUGAUAUUCUGUUGUGCAACAAGCCGGUUUCAAGCUGACCGUUCGAUGCGACGAGGGAUUUAUUUCGUAGAUACGUACCCGCAUUCUACACACGCAUCAAAGUGUAUUCGAGCAACAGAGUUUUAUAAAUUGGAUGAAUUUUUAUUGAAAAAUAUAUGUACGUAAGAAAAGAGCUUAAGGAAGGGGGGAGGGCAAAUCUUGCAGAUUCCUAGAAUUUGUACACGUGCAAUUUCUUGAAAGGAUUUGAGCGAAGUUUGCAGUCCUUGACCAGGUAGACUGUGUCUACCUGGAGAGCUUACACAACUUUGAUCACUUCAAAAGUUACUGCAAACACAGAAUGCUAAGUCGAUCGUUGUAUAAAACUCGUCUAAGGAAAAAAAUUAUCACCACUAUUUUUGUGAGACCGUUCAAUUAUCACAUUUUUAUACAAUUUGAGCUGUAGGCGUUAAUAUAACGCGAAGAAAUAUAUCGUGCGUUUUAAACUUGCCGUAGACGAUCGAUCAUGUAAUCUUUUGUAACUGAAUCAUUUUGAUUCUCGGAAUCGUGUCUAACUUUUGGCUUGUUUCCUUUGGAAUCGAGCUGGCAAACAUUAGCUUGCCUAACUCUACCUUAUUAGUUAAUGUGCGCCUUUCGUAGUACUAGAUCGCAGUACUAACAGUUCAACGAAUAGCUGAAAGAUUGAAAGACUUCCCGCAGUUAAUCAGCGUUAAUAAAAGUAG